CAAAGAAUCAUUAUAAAUUUCUCCUUCGAUAAAAUGGGUUCUACUUUGUUGCAGUUUUUCCAUCUCAGCAUAAUUCCAAGUUUCCUUUUGAGUUUACUCCUCUCUUCAAGUUAUGCAAACGUCUCAUAUCAAAAGUUGCCUCCACCAGAGAAUCCUAAUUUUGUCCAGGAACAACUUAUAUUAAAUCCGUUCAAGACAACAUUAAAUCAAGGUCUAACCUGUGGACAGUUGAUUGUAUCUCGAGGCUUCAAGUAUGAACGUCACUUUGUAACAACAGAAGAUGGUUACAUACUUCAAUUAUAUCGAAUCAUCAAUCCAUAUGCUCAAGCAGCUCGAGGACGUAACCUCAAGCCAAUUCUGGUUCUUCACGGUGGCUUCACAUCAUGUAGUAGUUUCAUGAUUAACGGUCCUGGUGGUCACAUAAAGGAAUGGGUCAAUGGUAAACCUCCUCAUGAUACAUCCAAAAGUCUUGCUUUUGCUUUGGCCAAUGGGGAGUUCGAUGUUUGGCUGGGAAAUGUCAGAGGAACCAGGUAUUCGAAUCAUACUCGACUCGAUCCAUAUAAAGAUCAUGAAUUUUGGAAUUAUACGUUCGUUGAAAUGGGAAAGUAUGAUGUAACUGCUAUGGUCGAUUAUAUUAUUGACGAAACGGGAUUUGAGAGAAUUUUUUACAUUGGUUAUUCACAAGGCACUAUGGCAAUAUUUACUCUAUUAGCAAAGCAACCACAGUUUGCGUGUAAAUUGAAUUUAAACAUUAAUGUUACACCAAUAGCUUUUAUUGGUGACCUAAAAGGAAUCGCAUCCGUUAUACCACGAUCAUUAUUGCUCACGGAAAUCGGAUCACAAUAUUCAGGUCCUUUAUUUCCCUUUCUCCAAGAAUUAGAUGCCAUUUUAUCGAUAUUGUGCACAAACGAUGCUGUUAAACCGAUUUGCUUCGAAAUUUACAAUUACUUGUUUGGACCUGAUCGAGAAAUGGUUUCACCAGAUCAAAUAAAAGUACUAUUCAGUCAAGUGGAUCAAAUGUCAUUAAAAAAUUUUCUGCAUUAUAUCCAAUCAUUCAAAUAUGAUCAAAUUCGUGAGUUCGAUUAUGGUCCAAAGACAAACCUUGAAGUAUAUGGUUCGGAAGAGUCACCCAAAUUUCCCUUUGAAAAUGUUCCAGCCCACAAUUUGGUUAUCAUUAGUGCAUUGAAUGACUAUUUCGCUCCACCAGUAAGCGUUCAAAAGCUGAGAAACAUUUUGCCAGAUCGGCCUUUUAUUGAUCAUGUGGUUACAUGGCCUCUGUGGUCACAUACUGACAUCUUACUUGCUGAUGAAGCCUUUGAGUACAUGCAUAGCGUUAUUAUCGAUAUAAUCCGAGUACAUGGUGAAGACAUUCAAGUUUCACCGGAAAUUCGAGGAAAAAACAUUUCCACUUCAACUCAUGAUAGCUGAUGUCAAACAUGAGCAAAUGAAAUGUACGUGAUGGUUCAUUUUACCUAAAAAAUAGAGUUUAAUGUUCAUUAUUAGCUUUUAUCAAACAGAACCAUUGAUUUAAUAAUAUUUCAAUUUUUUUUCGAACACAUU